GAAUGUAUGUAGCUGUUAUAGCCAUACUGACAAAUUUUCCUAUAAAAAGCAUUGAUUAUCACUCAAUUUUAAUCUUUUCAAGUUUUAUUUUCUUUCUUUGAUAUCGUUUAAUUAUACGCUCCAACAAUGUUAACAUUAACAACCCAAUCAAAUAUGAAUCAACCUAUCGAAGGACCUUUCGGUAUGAUAGUAGUUAUGGUAAUAAUCACCUCCUUGAUUGUGUUUAGAAUUGUUAAUAGUGUACUUCACAUCGUUUAUACUGAACUACAAGAUGCAAACUAUGGCAUAGGAGUUAUAACCGCAAACACAACCAAUAAUUUUGUGAUGUGUUAUACUAUCUGUUCAUUUUCACUUUGUUUAUUGAUUUGUUAUAAGGAUCAAUAUGUUUUGGUUCCAGUUGCUGUUAUGGUUAUAGCACUGGCAUUUUUACUAGUGUUUUCACAACGAUUCUAUACAUGUAGAAUAGUACAUUAA